AUGCCGCUGAUCGGACCGCUACUUUUUUUGCUCUUUGGCCUGCGCUACUCGGAGCGGACUAGUUUAGAUGUUUACCGUCAGAAACAGAAUUUUAAGUACGAAACAAGCGCUGAUAAUUUAACUCUGCCGAUCCGUCAGCAACUUUUUCACAGUCAGAGCAAGAUUUCCAACCGCGGCAUUUACCAGGGCAACUUUGAGGUUUUUGCCAGCGGUCCGCAAGGUUUUGAGAAAGUCUUUGCCGAUUUAAGUCAAGCCAAGCAUUUUAUUCACGUUAACUACUACAUCAUUAAAGCGGGCGAGAUUUACGACGAGUUUCGGGCGCUGAUCGUUGAAAAAGUGCGCGCCGGCGUGAAAGUUCGCAUGAUCAUUGACGACAUCGGCCGCUGGGGUUUGCCGUGGUACGAAAUGAAGUUUUUACGUCAGCAAGGGGUUGAGAUCCGCAUUUUGAACCGGAUCCACUUUCCGUUCAUCGGUUCAAACAACACCUACCGUAACCACCGUAAACUGAUCAUCAUUGACGGUCGGAUUGUCCACACGGGCGGCGCCAACAUCGGCGAUGAAUACGCUAAUUUAGACAAACGUUUCGGAGUUUGGUUAGACUACAAAGCGCGCAUCACGGGUCCGAUUGUGCGCUCCUAUUCGUUGCUUUUUCUCGGUGAUUGGAAUUCGAUUGGACCGCCCCUGGAACCGCUUGAGUCUUACCUCUUGGAAGAUAAAAACGGCGGUAAUUCUUGGGCCGUGCUAGUUGAAGAUGGUCCAGAAAUUGACGAUAACCCGCUCGAAAGUUCAAUCGUGAGUUGGAUUUUUAACGCUCACAAAAAAAUCCAAAUUGUGACGCCUUAUUUCAUCCCGACCCACGCUUUGAUGAGCGCUCUAAAAGCAGCCACUUUGCGAGGCGUGGAAGUGGAAAUCUUUAUCCCUGGUUUGCCCGAUAAAAAGAGCAUUUACACCGCCACGCUUUUUUGGGUCAGCCAACUCAGACCUUACGGGGUCAAAGUUUACCAAACGCGGGGGAUGAUUUUGCACGCCAAAGUGGGCCUUUUUGACGAUCACUACGCUUACCUUGGUACGUUUAACUUUGAUUUUCGUUCGAUGCAUUCUCAGUUUGAGUGCAGCGCCUUAGUUCAGGGCGACGCUGCAGAGCAAGUCGGCGCUUUGAUCGAGCAUUACCGACGUCUCUCUAGUCUAGCUGAGUUGCCCGAUUUAAAGCAAAAAAGCGGAAAAGAAGGAAACAUGGCAUCUUUUGAAGCAAAGAUUAUUGAUCCAGUUGGACUGCACGCUCGACCAGCCGCGCUGGUAGUCGGUGUGGCUUCCAAGUUUAAAAGCGACGCUACAAUCGGUACUAAUGAUCGCAACGGCAACUUAAAAUCGAUUAUGAACGUGAUGGCUUUGGGAGUUAAAAAAGGCGAUUUAGUUCGAAUUGAAACGCUCGGCGACGACGCUGACCAGGCGAUCGUGGCGAUUAAAAAGGCGAUGCAAGCAAACCGUCUGAUUUAA